CAAGAUUUGAGUGAGGUCUCUAGGAAAUUAAACCUUCCACAAAGCAGCUGAGGAAAAUCUGCAUGGAGGACUGGAACAUUCUAGGUUUUUAGAACUUGAAAAAAAAUAGCUAAAAUUGGCUAUUUUCAUUCCAACUAAACAUUUCUCAGGUUGUCACAUAUGGAAAUUAAGGUUGCUACCAGCUACCAACAGAAAGAAGCAGGUUAAUGUGAGAUCAAAGUGAAAGAAGACGGUGUCUGUGUUUGUGACUUUUAGAAUCUACCCAUGUAUACCCACAACAUUGCGACUCAAUGCACAUGUUUGAGUGUCAUCAACUCAAAAAGGACGACUGAACAAACAGCCGGUUUAGGGAGAACCUCUCCAGUACCAGGACGCACAGGAAGAGCUGCCCCAGGAGGACUCAUCAGGCACCAGAGAUGUGCCUCAGCAAGUCCCAGGCCUAAAGUUGAGCCACCCACAUCUAGGCCGGGAGGGAGACCGGCUUCGGUGAGACUGACCUCGUCAUUCAGAAGGAAGAGAGAAGCUUGGUGCUGGUCCAAGCAAGCUCAAAAGAAGAAGGAUGAUGUGGAAUCUGUCGAGCUAUCACCUGGAUAUACCCUGACAAGAGGCAAAAACCAUUUUGCUGUCACCCUGGGCGAGGAAUUGUUUGGACUUCCUUCACAAUCCAGUAAGACCAUUACGGAAGACCUAAAGGAGCAGAUUGGCAAGCUGACUGCACUGUUAGAGGAUGAGAAGAGGUCCCAUCAGGAGACACGCAGGAAGCUCACAGAGGAGGCAGAGAGCAGAGUACAGGAGAUCGAACAGAAGCAUGGGGCUGAAAUCAGGCAGCUUCUCCACACCUACAGGUCAGAGGUCAUGGCCAUAGAAGCCCAGCAGAAGAAGCUCCUGGAGGAGGAGAUGGCCUGUGCAGAGGAGCGUUAUGGCAAGCUAGAAAAAGAACAUGAGCUGAUGAAAAGUUCCUUUCGUGCCUACAAGGACAAUUUAUCUGAGGAAAUGGAGUUAAGAUGGAACAAAAAAGAGAUUGACUGGAGGCUUCAAAGUGAGAAGAAGCAACAAAAUGAGCUUCUUAAGCAAAAACAAGAGCUGAUGGGGCAGUUUCAGCAAGAGAAGGAUGAGAUGAGGCAAGCCUUUGAAGGUCAGAUCUCUGCGCUCAGCAGAAGCCACCACAAGGAGACUGAGGAACUACACAAGCAAUACGGAAAGGCGGUAGAGGAGGGAAAAUUACUGGACAAAGCUAGAGAAGAAAUAACGGCCCUGACAUCGGAGGCUGCAGAGAACAAGGCCUUAAUCACCAAGUUGAAUGCGGUUCUUAAACAGACACAGCAGGAACUGCUGAUUCAAAAAGGAAAACUGGCCGAGUUGGAGAAGAGCCUCAACCAAAAGAUUUCGGCUGUGGACAACAGACACAGGAACCGUCUCCACGCGCUAAUGAAUGAGAAUACCGACCUCAGGCGCAGAUUUUUCUCCAAAUGUGAAGAGCUGUAUGAGGAGAGGGCGAAGACUGAAAAAGAGGACACAGCAAGGUUGCGGAGGGUGAAGGAGAAACUCCUGUCUGCUAUACAGCAGCGAGAAAGUCAGGCCUCACAAAACAGACAGACUGCUGGUCCCCGGCCUACAACAGCACCUCACACUGGACAAUAACAUUCCAGUUACUCACAUAUUACUACACUACAUACAUGUUUCUAAAGACUCAAUCUCAACAAUCACAAUACCAACCGACUAGAUAUUGUAUUAGAAAAAAUUUUUGGUAUAGUGCUGUGUUUAGUUUUUUAAUGCAAUUGAAUCAAUCCAAUUCCAACUUAUAUUUAAAUUUGAUUUGCAAGAUGCUUUAUUUUAUGAAGCAUUUUAAAUUUGAUCUAAAUCCAAACAGCUGUGUUUGUAGCAGCUCCUUCCUCAAUGCUUCUAAAAGAUGGACUUUACACAUUGACCUUCCUCCAGAAAGAGUCUACUAAACUUAAUGUUUCAUGUUUUUGAAGUGGCCUUCUUUUGAAGCCAAGUGACUGAUUUAUAUUAAAAAUAUAUUUGUUUCAAAGGAUGUCUGAAUAUUCCCAUUUUAUCAUUGGUCUACUACUUCCUAGAAAAAAAAAGGAAAACAAAAUAUUACUAUAAUGACGUUAAUUGUAUAAUGCUUACAUAAAGUACAACCAUUUUAGUAAGAUACCAUCAAACUUUUGAUUUCAAAAUAAAGCGUAAAAUAAAAUGUAGAAGUCAGUUUUAUUAAUAAUUUUUAUUUUAAAAUAUUGCACAGGUUUGUCCGGAGGGAAAGUUACAUAUCAUUCAGGCUGUAUAUUUACAAAAACUGAACCCCCCCACAGUACCCAAACCUAUGUUGUAACCCUCUGACCUCCCAGUUCUCCCGAAUCGAGUGUCAUCUCUUAAAAAGAUUUUUCCUUUUGUAAUGGACUAAUUAAGAAAACAAGUAAAUGAUAUGAUUCUGACAGUUGUGUGGGUGCUAUCAUAGUUAUUCAAACUGGUAUUUUGAUUUAAAUUUUUUGUCAUCUUGCCACAAACUGAUAAUUACACUGGAUUUCUUAUCCCAAUAUCCCACAAAUAAUUAGGAAUACAGAUAAAGCGUAAUCCAGUUCAUACCCAUACUGGGACAGAGAGGGUCAAAUACCUCAAUGUUAAAAUGACAUGGCAGAAAGAAGUUUUACUUUUACUUACUUAUGGUUGCCAUGACAACUCUUGUGUGUAGUAACUACUUGUUUACUGUGGUCACUCCUGACUUGUUAAAAUUAUUUGAACAAACUGAGGCACUUGAUUUUCCAUUUUUCCUUUACAAAAGUAAAAAGUGGCACCAACUGUCAUCAUCUGGAGUACUACCAAGAAAUCACAAAGGCCUAGACUCGCUGAGCCUUGGUGUCUGAAUUUAGGCUUUUAAGUUUUUAACAUGCUUCAUGAAGGCUGGUUUGAAUGCUAUCAGAGUUUGAUAACAGACAGUCUGAAAGAGUAUACAUGCACAGUCUACAGCUCUAGCUUAUAAGACUCAAACAAUAUUAAUACUGCAUGAACACUAAGAACAUUGCAUUUCCACUCAAAAAUUAAUUGAGAUUUCAUUUUGUGAUAAUUUCUGACUUCUUGGUUAUGAAACAGAACGCUUGUUACAUAGCUGUGGCUAAAUGGAAUAUAUUCUUUACAUUUCUCGUUAAAAAGACAAAGAAACCAAUGAUACAGUGUUAUUUUUCUAAUGUAUAAUGUUGAUACAAGAUACAAUUUGUAAAAGUGCUGGAAAUGAAAAUAAACAAGCCUGGAAUGAUCUAAGAUCAA